UAUUAAUUAAGUGGGAGAAUUGAAGAAGUUUGUAGCCAAGAAAAACAGCAGACAUGAGUUCAGGGAAUGAUGAAGUUUCCAUACAACCUAAAGAAGGCGAUAUCGAGUCUCAGAAUAAGAGGCUACCAGGCAUGGGAAUCCAAAUCGAAAUAGAAACCGGGCAAGCUGUCCUUAAUCUCAAGCACUUGAAGAAGUCCAUUGAAAUAUUGAGAUCAGCAUUAAAAAUCUUUACAAGUAAUACCAAGUUUAUUUUGUUAAUGGUAUUAUCUAUACUCCCUUUCUUUAUUUUCAUGGUCUUCUUUGAGAUGAAACUCCAAAAACCGAUCAUGUAUGCCACAUCAAACUAUUUACCAAAACCCCAAACAUUAGAAAUAAUGUCUGCUUACCCUGAUCUGAUGAUUAUUUGGUAAACAAUACAGCAUCAGCUUUUGUAAAAAAAUCUUAUCUCGCUCGUAAAUACUAUAAUGAUCACAACUUUAGUAGGAUCAACGAGAAAAAAGAGUUUUUGUAUGAUACAGUUGAAGUUUCUCUGUUUUAUUUGGUAAUUUACCCUGUUCUAGAGUUCCUUAGCAUGAGUUUAACCCUGAAAAUCGCAGCAAAAGUUGGUGCAGAUGAUAAACAGACAACUCUCAGAGAGUUACUACUGUACCGGAAACUUAACUUUAAAGUUAUAUUCCUAGGGUUGCUUUACAAGUACCUAGAGUGGAGUGCAUUUUGGAACAUGAGUAUGGUGAUUUCUUUCAUGGAUGAACAAACUGGGAUCGAGGCGUUUGGAAUGUCGGAUUACUAUGGAAAACAUUGCAAGAAAACCGGGUUUCAGCUGAUGCUCGGGUUUUUCGUGUUUGGUAAUGUCUUGAGGCUUCCUUGUUUGUAUGCCGGAUUAUGUACCGGAAGUGUUGCUGGUGUUUUGAUCACUUGUAUUGUUAUAAUGAUGGUUUCGUUGAGUAAUUUGGUGAAGUGGGUUGCUUUUCUGGUGUACUUUCAAUAUUGCAAGCAGCAAACCAUGGAAAAGAAGUUGGAUGAUCAAGAGCAAAACAAAAAUGUAAAGUUUGAUGCUACAUAGUAAACAUGUGUAUAGUGUUAGAAUCCAACUUUCUUUUACGUGUAUUUUGCUUAUCUAUUGCUUUCUGAUAUCUUUCUAAUAUUUUUUUAGGCUUUAGAUAGAAUAGAAUUAUCAUGUUUAUGUCAGUUCAGUGUUAACUGGCACUUUUUAGCUAAUUCAAACUAAACCUUUAUGAGGGGUAUGAACCAAUACCUCUCAUCAGAAGUUGUCUUUGC